AUGAGCGCCCAGGAUCAGCCUGGAUCGCUUUCGCAUUCCAAGUCCCAUCCUCGAGGCUGUGAAAUGGGUUGCACUUUAAAUUACGCAAGACCUUCACACUCAGACGGGACCGGGGCUGUCACGAUGCCGGCCGGACUGGGAAAUUGUGAGUUGCUGAUGCCGACAUGCACAACAACCCACGCUGACAAUCAUUCCGAAACGUAA